GUCCAUCAAAGGAUUGUGAGAAAAGGAAGAUAUUGGACAACAAAAAUGAACAAAAUCUUGAUUUGUUAUGCUCCUUGAAAGCCAAACUACAAGCUAUAGACUCUUCGGAGCUUCCCUUAGCAUCAGGAUGUUGCAUCUACAAAGUGCCACCAAAAAUUAGGAAAGUCAAUGAAGAAGCCUACACCCCUACCUUGAUAUCAAUUGGUCCUUUUCAUCAUGGAGACAAUAGAUUGGAACCCAUGGAGGAAGUCAAAAUAUGGUGCCUUAACAACUUUCUAAAGAGGAGUAAAGAGAAAUUAUUGGAGGAUUAUGUUAAAGCUGCAAGAGACUGGGAAGAUGAAACCAGACGUUGUCAUUCGGAGCCCAUACCCAUGAAGAGCGAUGAUUUUGUGAGCAUGAUUCUAACCGAUGGUUUCUUCAUCAUUGAGUACUUUCUCUCAUGUCUAGGUCUGUUAGAACAAAACCCAUGGCGUUUUAAAUUAUGGCCAACGUGUGACAUAAACCUAGACUUGAUUUUAGUUGAGAAUCAACUUCCACUUUUCAUUCUUAAAGGCCUAUUUGACCUAACUUUUCCCACAGGCUUCAAUGGUAGAUUAUCAUUUCUUGAGAUAGCCUUCGACUUCUUCAGAAGAGUGUUCCUACACCAUAUUAUUGCAAAAAAGGAAAUUCGUGGCAAGUUUACUUUUAAGUAUUUUCAACAACAUUACCUUGAACAAACAAUUACCUCUCAAUUUGAAUCAUCUACUUUCACAAAAGAGAUCCAUCACCUGAAUGAUAUGUUAAGGAUCUUUUACCUACCAGAUCAAUUACCAAGACGAGAAUUUGGCAAACUGAAACCUGUGUAUAAUGCAACCCAACUACGUGGCGCAGGGAUCAAAUUUCAGGUUGAUGAACACCAGAAAAGCAUUACUGAGAUAAAACACUCAAAAGGAGUAUUGAAAAUACCAUAUUUUCAAGUAAGUGAUUGGACUGAGAUUGUGAUUAGAAAUAUGGUUGCUUUUGAACAGUGUCACCUUGCUCUUGAGAGCUAUGUGACUGAUUAUGUAACCCUCUUGAACUAUCUUAUUGACACUGGAAAAGACGUUGAGCUGCUUGUUGAGAAGGGAAUUAUGGACAACUUAUUGGGUAGCAAUGAAGAGGUGGCUUCCUUGGUCAAUACUCUUGACAAAAACACAAUGUUCAUGACUUGCAAUAGUGAUUAUCAAUCUCUAUGUGAAGAAUUGGACAAGUUUUAUGAGAAUCCUUACCACAAGUAUAGGGCAAUCUUUAAGCACGAGUACUUGAGCACCCCUUGGAGAAUUGCAUCUUUCAGUGCUGCCAUAUUGCUCCUUAUGCUCACUCUAAUUCAAACAAUAGUCUCUCUUCCCUUGCUUAAUUACUAG